AUAUCACGUGAGCACUUAGGCUCAUUGCUUGCUUCUUUAUUUACCACUACAGCGCUUUUCCGGCUUACAAACAGCUCGUGAUACACGGCUCGUGCAGUUGAAGGACUUAAUGUGAAGGUCUUCAGUUUGUAGGAACUUCAAGUCGACUGACACCAAAGAUGCGUGCGAGUGUGUGUGCGUUGGUGUGUAUGCUGAGUGUGUGCAGCGCUCUCAUCUGCCCCGACGGAGGGAUGUGUGACGAAGGAAACACCUGCUGCUGGACGCCGUCGGGCGGAUAUGGAUGCUGCCCGCUGCCUAACGCCGAGUGCUGCUCAGAUCACCUGCACUGCUGUCAGGAGGGAACGCUGUGUGACAUGGAGCACGGCACGUGUGUGAACAAGACACACACUCUGGAGUGGGUGAUGAGAGUCGCCACCAAGCAGACCUCCUUACCUCAGGCAGUGGUGUGUCCUGACCAGCAGUCUGAAUGUCCUGAUGGCACGACCUGCUGCCAGUUGCCCGACGGGACUUGGGGCUGCUGCCCGAUGCCUAAUGCGGUGUGUUGUGAAGAUAAACUACACUGCUGUCCCGAGGACACGACCUGUGACCUCACUCACUCGAAAUGCGUAUUGGCCAUGCUAGGCUCCACCCCUCUCCUGAGAAAAUUUCCCGCCCUCCUCAAAGGAGGACAAAGAGUGACUUGUCAAGAUAAAGUGUCCACGUGCCCAGAUGACUCAACCUGCUGCAAACUAGCAAACGGGAGCUACGGCUGUUGCCCGAUGCCAAACGCUGUGUGCUGUAAUGAUUACGUGCACUGCUGUCCCGAGGGCACGACCUGUGACCUUGCACACGGCAGCUGCGACUUGGCCAACGAGCCAGUGUGUGACCCGUCCGAGGGCACCUGCGCUGACCCUGUUGACCUUCCGCACUCCGUUCCCUUGGUGAAGAAAGUUCCCGCCUUCCAACGUCCUUCACAACCCCCCAAUCAAAAAUGCGACCCAUCAUUUUCAUGCCCACAAGAUGAUACGUGCUGCAGGAUGGCGUCCGGUUCAUGGGGAUGCUGCCCUCUACCACAAGCUGUGUGUUGUGAGGAUCAUCUGCACUGCUGCCCCCAUGACACGCUGUGUAACAUGGCGGCGGGGACGUGUGACGGCGUCCAAUCGACCGUGCCCUGGGUGAGCAAGACUCCCGCCGUGGCCCUGGUGUCCGAGAACGAGCGCUGUGACGAGACCUCGGCGUGUCCAGCGGGUACAACCUGCUGUAAAGAUAAAUCAGGAACCUGGGCCUGCUGCCUGCUGCCACGGGCCGUUUGCUGUGAAGAUCAGGAGCACUGCUGUCCUCAGGGCUACAAGUGUGACGUCGCUCACGAGUCCUGUGAACACACUUCCCUACCCAGCAUGCCAUGGGUCAGAAAGCAGUCUGCGCUGAGUGUGGAGUCGGCCUCGCAGUACGGACACAAGUGUGAUGACCAGACCAGCUGCCCCAGGAGCAGCACCUGCUGCUAUAUGGCAAAAUUCGGCAAGUGGGGUUGCUGCCCUUUGCCACAGGCCGUGUGCUGCGGGGACGGAGAUCACUGCUGUCCCAGCGGCUACACCUGCGAUAAGGAGAAACCCGUCUGUGUGAAGGGAGAACUGCAGACCCCGUGGUUCAGGAAGCAGCCGGCCGUGAUCAGAGGGUCAGAGGUCACGUACGGCCUCGGGGACGUGAAGUGCGACGACACCACCAGCUGUGCCGCGGGUACCACGUGCUGCAGGUUAAAGACAGGGAAGUGGGGCUGCUGUCCACUGGCCCAGGCGGUGUGCUGUGAGGACCACGAGCACUGCUGCCCUCAGGGCUACACCUGCGACCUGCAGAGCGGAACCUGCGUUAAACCUUCCCCAGCACACACCGCUGCACUCGCGCUCGUACACGCACUCUCCGACUACGAUGACAAUGAGGCGAGGUGUGACGCGACAAGGCGCUGCUCUAAGAGUCAGACCUGCUGUAGAAUAUCGGACGCCGAGUGGGCCUGCUGUCCGUUCCAGCAGGCGGUGUGCUGUAAGGACAUGAAGCACUGUUGCCCUAAGGGAUACACCUGCGACCCUGAAAACCGUUGCACUAAGGCGUCUCCGCUCACGUGGUGGGACAAUUCGCUGUAGAGGAACGUCGUCACGCCACGAAUGAGCUUACAAUGCCGCCCAAAUCGGGAUGAAAGACUAUACAGCGUACUGUAGUUGUGUUUAGGGUUUUUUGUUGUCGUUGUGUUCUAGUAACUACGAAUGCUGAGAGAUGUUUUCGCCAUCUCCAGCCUAUAAAAUUUUUUAAAAAACUGACAUCGAAGCAGUGACACUGACAAAUUUCCUGUUUUCUCAACACUGAAUCGCUCCAAGUUUUGUUUUGCAGAGUUUAUAUUUAGUUUAUUCGUAUGCGGAUUGUGCCGUCUGGUUUCCAUGCACGGAAAACCUUUUCUUGUAAGGAAAGGUUACUUUGUAAGGAAAAAUUUAUCUUCUUUUUUUUUUUUCUUUAUAAUUUCUCCUCAGAUAUGAAACGCCUCACGUAGAAAGACCCUGCGUGCUUUUUUUUUAAAAAAUUAUUUUAUUUUUUAUUUUUUUAAACGAAAACAUUCUGAAGUUAAGUCACCGAGACGGAACCGAAUGUAUAUCUAACCGCCGCACGAUCCGACAAAUCGUCGCAGCUUUCAGUUCCCCGAGCACAAAACUCCCGAGUAAGAGAUAAGUUAGCGUUAAAAAAUACAAACGUGACCACCGUUCACUUUUUUAAUAGUGGAAAAUACCCCAGACCCGAGGACUGAAAUCGCAUCAGGCGGCGUACUUUCGUGCUUGGACCCCUAGAGUCAUCCAGCGUAAUCUUAGUAGCCUGUUUUUAUUCGGACGAGUCGUCCGCUGUUGCCUUUUCGAGCUGUACUGAUGAAAGAAAAUGUCUUUUGAUUUAGGAAACGUUUACAAUCUGGACUGUUUGUUCAUCUUUUGCUGUAUUUUUCAAUUUUUUUUUUUGUUGAUGUUUUUAAAUUUGUGGUUAUUUGGUUAGUCUAUUCGCUGGCUCGAUUGCCUCUGAUUGCGUGAUGGAACGUUUGCUUCAUUUUAAGAUUUUUAAGGGCAGGAUCACAGCUCAAACAUACUUAGUUUAAAAAGAAAAGGUAGAAUUUGUUGUUUUCCCACUUAAAUAGCUGACUUUUUUUAAAAAAAAAUUACGGAAUUUUUAUCUAACUUGGUGAUUAGGGCAGGUUAUCUAUAUGGUUUAAAUCAAGCUUUUGAUGUAUUUUUUUUUUUCUUUCCUUUUUUGUAUUUUAAUUGUUCUUUUUUUUUUUUUUUUUUCCUGAAGAAUGUGGAAAUAAUAAACAGUUUGAAAUGGAUUUUUCUUUACGACUGUUUUUGGUAAACAGAAUCCCCGGGCGAUUUGUGCUGCGGCGCGUGUCUCCUGCUGAUUGGUCUGUGAGAUGAGUUAUGAAACACGGCGGUAUGCGAGUCAUCUCGCUGAGGAUGGAUGGAUGGAUGGAUGGAAUAUCUGGGGGCGGCUUUGACGAGACCCUGGGGAGGACGAGAUAAUGUCGAUUAAGUCUACAAAGCAGAGAAAACCAGCAUGAUGAUGUAAAACAGUGAUACGAAGUGAAUAAUAGAGUUGUAUUAGUGUUUUGAACUUGUUUAUGAAUAUAGUUAAGCAUGUAGUUCAUCUGACGCGCACUUUCCUGGUGUCUGUGAGCCAGUGGGAUUAAGUUCCACUAGGACAGCGUGGGUGUAUACUUUUGCGUGCGCGUGUGUAUAUGUGUGUGUGUGUGUGUGUGUGUGUGUGUGUGUGUGUGUGUAUUUCUUGCUCUUGCCGGCGAACACACUUUCAGAGUGAAUGAACUGCGAGAAGAGUGUGUUCAUGUAGCUAUAACUCGAGGAGAAGAAUCCAAACUGAACAAAUGGGCUCUUUCCACCGGUACGUCCAUAAUAUGAUUACACGUAAAUGUCAUUUUAUACGUCUAGUGUUAAUAUUAUCGAUUUAAUAUGCACCUUUUUAUUAAAUAUGUAAUUAUCCUCAAGUGUGUAAUACCUCGUAACAGGUAAGGAGUUGGGGGUACUUCUUAAUUUUCAAAGAAUUACAUGAUGAUUUUGUACUAACAUAGACAUUAAUGAUGCAUCAAAACCUUGUUUGGCAUUCUAUUUAAAAAAAAGAAGAAGAAGAAGAAAACAGUGAUCAAUUCUGUCUCAUGAGCUCAUAUCAAACCUGUUUAUAUUGAUGAGAGCGUACAAGCUUGAAGUCCUUGAAGUGCCGUUAAUAUGGAGAGACUGCUGGGAGAAGAAGGGGGUUGAACUUCAAAGGAUGAUGAGAAGGAGAUCAGGAGUGUAAGACAGCUGGUAGGAGUGCGUGAGAGGUGCGAUAUGAUGGUAUGAUCGCAGAGGAAAAGUGUAGCUGUCCACUGGAAACCGAGAGAGUGACUGAAGCAGCUGAGGCACAAGCUGCUGCUUGCACCAAAAUGUCUCUGCUAUUAAUACACCCCGGCUCUGAUCCCACUAUCUGCUUGUUCUCUCUCUCACUCACACACACAUGCGCUCUCACAUUUGCAAGUUCUACCUCUUUCAUUCGCAUAAAAUGCAUACUCGUAUUAACUUACAUUCACAUGAAACGCUUUCACACGCUGUUCUCGUGUUUAUUCGUUUUACUCCACGUUCGCGUAAAAUGCUCUCCCGUUCAGUAGUUUUAUGCUUAACGUGCUUUUGCGUUCGCUAUGUGUUGGUGCUCACGUUUACAUGAAAUUAUUCUCGCGUUCCUUCGUCCUGCCUUUCAAACCUGCAUAAAAAGCUCUCGCGUUUGCUAGUUUGAACCGUCGUCGGCAUAAAACACCACGCUCACGAUGGCUAAUUUGACCGAUUGUGUUUGCGUUAAAUGCUUUUGCGUUUGUUAUCCGUAGCCCACGUUUGCGUAAAAAAGACUCUCGCGUUCGCUACUUUUGCCGCGAAUCCGCAUACAAACCUACAACGCUCUUGCAAGUUUUACCUCAUGUUUGCAUAAAACGCUCUCCCGUUUGCUAAUCUUAACCCACACUUG